AUGUCAAUGUCACUGGAAAAUGAAAUGGUCCAUCUAGCACCGGAGCAUCAGCUACGCGCUAUCCUCCUCGCUUUAUGCGACGACCCGUCUGUCUGCAAACGCGCUCUGAACCACUACCGUGUUCUCAAAGCAGCCGACAACCCGACUACUGGACUCAAGCGCAAAGCCCGGAACGACUUAUUCGUCUGUGUGCAAUGCGACGAGGCGUUUACAAAUGAGGAUAACACCAACACGUCUUGUCGCUAUCAUCCAGGAGAUCUUGAAGUGGACGAUUCAGGAGAUUUCUGGGCUGAUCAUGAUGAAGAUUGUCAUGGUGAGAUAGAUACGCCUGAGAUGCGUGAGGAAUGUCCUGAUGGCUUCAAAUGGUCGUGCUGUUCCAAACUGGGUGGCGCAAAGGGUUGCACAAAGGGAAAACACCAGGCUGAUCCAGCUCGAUCGCAGCGAGGUGGUGAUGUUCCAGCAGGUAGCGAGUUGAAAAAGAAUGCUGGCUCACACUACCCUGUUGCUGAAGAAGAAGAUGACGACGACGAUGACGAGGAAGAUGAUGAGGACGACGAUGACGAUGAGUAA